AAAACAGUCUAUGAAGGCAAAAUUCUCAUCCAGGCGAAUGAUUUCCAAAAUGAAAAGGCACCGCACGUCGGGGCAAAGUGAGAGUAAAUAUUAUUUUUCACAACACAACAAUUACCUGUCUCGCUUCAUGCUAAUGGUACACUUAAAAAUCCAACCAGUCUUCAGACUCGCUGGAAAAGUAUCUUACAGAGCUAAUCUUCUGCUUUCUCUGGAAAACUAUCGCUGUUUUUGACAAUUCUGAAGGCGAGGGCGACCGAAGAACCACGAUCACGCUUCGUGGUAAUGACGGACAGCUAAAGUCAGCAAAAAGCACACGUUAACGCUAAUCGUUAAGAAGUUGUUUUAGUAUUAAAAAUACAUUCAAAGGAUCAAAUCUAACAAACAAGGAGAAGCAUCAUGGAUAUUGUCCGACUUAAAACCACGCGAAAAGAUGAGUAUUUGCAUAGAAUUCACUCGACCAACACAUCGAAGCGCUAAGCAGCCUGUGGUUGAUGACCACUGACCACUGUGACGUCACCAAAAUGUAUUUUCUCCGUGUCGCCCGUUCCCAAUCCUCCACAGUUGACAUCCAAUAUGGCGUCCGAAAUCUGUUACCCCUUUGUCCAAAGGGAUGAAAGUGCCGUAAACGAUUACCAUGGCACGAAAAUUUAUGAUCCUUACGUUUGGUUGGAAGACCCAGACUCAGAAGGAACAAAAGCUUUUGUAGAACAGCAAAAUGCCAUUACGAUGCCCUAUUUAGCAGCUUGCGAGACGAGAGAAAAUUUCAAGAACAGGCUGACUGAGAUGUGGGACUAUCCAAAGUAUGGCUGUCCAUUUAAAAGAGGAUCAAAGUACUUUUACCUCUAUAACUCUGGUCUACAAAAUCAAAGGAGCGUUCUUCGUCUUCACAAACUCACGGGAGAAAGACUCAUGACCUUUCCACUCGAUAUCGGCAGUAUUGUGGGGUACUCUGGAAAGAAGAAAGAUUCAGAGGUAAGCGGUGCCAACACUCCAAUAGUUUAUUUCAUUUCCAAUAGUUUAUUUCACUGGNAAACAAACGUGAAAGGCUUUGACUCGAGUCAGUACCAGACUGUCCAAGUGUUUUAUCCCAGUAAAGAUGGAACCAAGAUCCCAAUGUUCAUUGUCCAUAAGAAGGGUAUCGAGUUAGACGGAAGCCAUCCUCUGUACUUGUAUGGUUAUGGAGGGUUUAACAUAUCAAUCACGCCAUCCUUCAGUGUGUCACGGAUUGUAUUUAUGAGACAUCUCGGAGGCAUCAUUGCCAUACCCAACCUGAGAGGUGGAGGUGAAUAUGGUGAGACUUGGCACCAAGCGGGCUGCUUUGGCAACAAACAGAAUGUUUUUGACGACUUCCAAUACGCCGCCAUCUACCUCUCCCAGCAGAAAUACACAUCUCCAGAAAAAAUAACCAUCUGUGGUGGAUCCAAUGGUGGCCUGUUGGUGGGUGCUUGUAUAAAUCAGAGACCAGACUUGUUUGGUUGUGCUGUUUCACAAGUACCAGUUAUGGACAUGCUCAAGUUUCAUAAAUUUACCAUCGGCCAUGCAUGGACGACAGACUAUGGUUCACCUGAUAAGGAGGAGGAUUUUCAAUGGCUUAUCAAACUGGCCUAGAUGCCGGUCAAGAUGGGGAAAUCUGGACCGCUUUCAAUAUUGACUUCAGCCAAUCAAAUUCGUGAACUCGGUUGUUCCCAGUCCUUGUGAGAC